UGCGGCUUGUGUUCGGAAUGAAUGCCAACAUUUUGCGCGCUUGUGAUCUGUGCUAUGCAAGAAAGGUACGAUGUGAUAGGCGGCUACAAUGUUCAAACUGCGCCGAUGCGGGAGCAGAUUGUAGGCGCGAACGCCCUGAGCGGCCAGCUCGACCUCAAAAGCCAACUGUUAUUUCUUCGCUGGGAGAGAGAUUACUGAGGCUCGAGAAAGCAGUCUCGAGACCAGAAGACACUGAAAACUGCAGUCCAUCUAAUGGAGUAUACCAACCUGAGGUAGAUGUUCAUUCGAAGAAAAGGAAGCUUGAUCAUGCCAUUUCUGCAAAGGAAUCACCCAACUCUCCCCUCAGCAAUUGCCCUGUGGUCACCCCGGACGAGUCAGCUCACCAUGCGGAACAUGCCCGAGUCAUCAUCCAGAGCGAACUCGAUGGCAAUGAACGUAUGAACCGUGAGCGGCAAGCAAUUCUCAGGUCUGCUUUGGACUUUGUGAACUCUAUGGCGCGUGGAGCGGAUUCAGCGUCCGAUGAGGCUUCGACAUUUGAUGAACCACGCGGUGUUUGCCCAGAUAUUCCUGAAUCCAUUGAACCAACACCAGAGCUGCUGUACAUGCUUCUCCGAGACUCUACCGUCACGGGCGAAAUGUCGCACAAUUUGCACUGGCCCGAUCACAUCUCUGACAAAACUUUACAGAAAAUGGUCUCGAUGUUCUUCAGUGGCGAUCUCAAGGGCCAAAAGUUUUAUCAGUAUUGCAUAUGUAUCUACGUGAGAGCCAUCUUUCACACCUACGGUAUGCCAAGGCUCUAUAACGAUCUGGUUAUGAGCGAACAAUUUCUCAAGUCCAAGAGGUUAUACGCUGCCUCUGCCCUUUAUGCAUUACAAAAGCUUAAUUUCCUGAAUGCCCCGAGUCUACCUUUCAUUCAAUCAUUGAUUUCCGCGGCAUUCUUAAUGCAAUUUCUUGGCAACAUGAGUCAAGCUUGGGUGCUUAGUUCCUAUGCUGCCCGCUCGAUUGCCGCUCUGAAUUAUCAUGAUGCUCAAUUUCGGAAGGGCGAUCCCAAUUUUGAGGAAGAGGAAAUCAAUAGUGCUGUCUACUGGUGUUUUUAUCUUGAUCGGACUUUGAGUUCCCUUCUUCAUCGGCCGUCAUCAUUACCAGAACUUCACAGUUUGGCCAGCGAUCUUGUUUGCAGGAAUAAUUCUCUUCCGCACAUGCCAAUGAUCCGUAUCCUUGUGGAUCUGGCUCAGGUCCAAGGGGAUCUUUCAUGCGGUUGCAAGGCGGCUGAUACCCGGCAAAUCCUGGAUUACCAUUCCAAUCUUCAAGAAAGAAUGACUGCAAUAUACGCCACUAUACAGUCGAACCGAAACUCAGCACCGGAGCUGAUCAACAGUGAAUGGGUUGCAACCGAAUUUUCUUACUAUGCCAUCCUGGUGGACAUUCUCCGAUCGAGGCUGAAAUACGCAUUUUCUCCAUUAACGCAUAGAGAAUGUGUCUCAUAUUCCCGAAAGGCUUUGAAAGCACUACAGUAUCUUCAAAAACACCUCGCCAAAUGCCCAGGUUUCGUCGACCCAUACCCAACGUUUCUGACUUGGACUAUCUUCCUAUACCCACUCAGCCCAUUCUUUGUCCUUUUCUGUAACAUCAUUGGCGAAUUAGACAUGGAUGACUAUCGCCUCAUCCAAGAUAUUACCCAGAGCCUCACCCCAUUCAACGCCAGCCCAUACAUAGCGAGGUUGCUCAAACUUUUGGAUACUUUGCAACACCUCUGCGAGCCUCUAAUCCUGACCAAGCAGCAUCUCGGGCCGCGAGCCAAAGUUGCCCCUUGGUAUCCGACUACAAAUGCCGAGCAGCAAGCGGCCAUGGCUAUUCCUGAUGGGUCUCCUGCUUUAGCAGCCGCAUAUCUGGACUCUGCCGCCCAGCCGUACCCCCAACAUCCACAGUCGGACACUAAUAUUGGAUUGCAACCUGUUGCCGACGAGUUAAUGUGGAACCUAUUCAAUAGUCAGCCUUCGCUUCAAUGGUGCGAGUCGGAUGUCCUUUCCUUGGACCCCACCGUGAAUUACUGAUGUAUAAUUUGAUUUGAGCCUUACA